GCUCCUUGGUGCUGUGGCGGUGUGGUUGACUAGGGUGCUACUUGGAGUCGUGUGGCCCUUGAAAACCCCGCGUAUCCACCACUGCCUCCUCUGGUCCUCGCCAUGUUCCUCACUCGGUCCGAGUACGACAGGGGUGUGAAUACUUUUUCUCCGGAAGGAAGAUUGUUUCAAGUGGAAUAUGCCAUUGAGGCUAUCAAGCUUGGUUCUACGGCCAUUGGCAUCCAGACAUCAGAGGGUGUGUGUCUAGCUGUGGAGAAGAGAAUUACCUCCCCACUAAUGGAGCCUAGCAGCAUCGAGAAAAUUGUAGAGAUUGAUGCUCAUAUAGGUUGUGCCAUGAGUGGGCUAAUUGCUGAUGCUAAAACUUUAAUUGAUAAAGCCAGAGUGGAGACACAGAACCAUUGGUUCACCUAUAAUGAGACAAUGACGGUGGAAAGUGUCACUCAGGCUGUGUCCAAUCUGGCUUUGCAGUUUGGAGAAGAAGAUGCAGAUCCAGGUGCCAUGUCUCGUCCCUUUGGAGUAGCAUUGUUGUUUGGAGGAGUUGAUGAGAAAGGACCUCAGCUGUUCCAUAUGGACCCAUCUGGGACCUUUGUACAGUGUGAUGCUCGAGCAAUUGGCUCUGCUUCAGAGGGUGCCCAGAGCUCCUUGCAAGAAGUUUACCACAAGUCUAUGACACUGAAAGAAGCCAUUAAGUCCUCGCUCAUCAUUCUCAAACAAGUAAUGGAGGAGAAGCUGAACGCCACGAACAUAGAGCUAGCCACGGUGCAGCCUGGUCAGAAUUUCCACAUGUUCACAAAGGAAGAACUGGAGGAGGUGAUCAAGGACAUUUAAGGAGGAGCUAUCCUCAGACAUCUGUGGGACAAUUUCAGUUCUCUUGAUUGCCCUUAAACUUUAUUUCCAGCUCUUAUGUCAUGGAAAAUAUCCAGUAUAUGUGUGUUUUUUUAUGAUGUCUGUACAUUACAGCAAUUCUGAAAUAAAAGAAUUUUAAAA